ACUGGAUAAACAGAAACACGGAGAGCAAGUGUCUGGAAGACCGGCUCGACAAUCUCCAUCGAAAAACUAAAAGUUCAACAUGAUCUCAGUGUUUUCCACAAACGCCAGUGCAUUUCCUCAAAGUUCGUUUCAUUCUCUGUAGUUAAUACUCUCGGCAAUUUACCCAAAAUGGAGCGUGGAUAAGCCGCUCCAGACGUCCAGACAAGCGUCCAUUGAUAUGGCAGCUCCCACUCAAGACAAUCUGAAUGCUUUGCAGCACGCUAUAGAUUCAAUGGAAGAGAAAGGUAUGCAAGAGGAUCCUAGAUAUUCUCAGCUCCUCGCUAUCAGAGCUCGUCAAAAUAACAUGGAGCCCCCUCGACUUCCUGGAUCGCAAGGAUUUUGCGUAUCCUCUGAUAGCCCAUCGAAUUCCAAGCAAGUUUUGAGUCCCAUCCAGUUGCAACAGUUACGAGUCCAAAUCAUGGCAUAUCGAGUUCUCGCUCGGAAUCAGCCGUUGCCUCAUCAACUUGCAGUAGCGGUUCAAGGGAAACGAAUGGACUCGUCUCUCAUUCAACCGGGUCUGGGACCUCCACCUCUCAUGCCUCCAACCUCCGGUGGAAACACUCCAAGCCCACAAGCACGACCCACUGAUUCAAGCAAUGAAAACUCAUCUGGAAUGAGUGCAGCUCCUGUGUACCCUGUCGCACCCCCAACUUCACCCAACGUACCCCAAGGACCUCCGCCAUCUCAGUUGCCCCCAGUAACCCCACCUCCCCCACAGUCAUCCUCAACGAUGGCUCCACCUCCUGCUGUUCCAGCACCACCUGCUCCAUCUGUUCCUGCCCCUCUCCCACCCCCUGCGCCCCUCAUGCCUCCCAUUUCAGCACCGACACCACCUGUACCCUUGCAGCCACCAGUGACGUCACACGUCCAUAUCGCCCCACCCAUGCCUCGGCUCCCCAUCACGAGUCAUCCCGUCAUGGUUGUCCCUCCUCCUCCUAACUCAAUGCUGAAACCGAUGCCCAGUCCAGUUGUUCUGCCUCCUCCGCCACCACCACCCCCCAAUCCGCAGCAACUUACGCAGCAACUUCAGUUACAAAAACAGAACAGAGUUACGACUAUUCCUCGUCCAACUGGGAUCGACCCUAUACUAAUUUUACAAGAAAGAGAAAAUAGAGUCGCAGCUCGCAUUGCCCAUCAUAUGGAGAAGCUCUCCAAUCUUCCGUCAACAGUGUCGGAUGAAAUUCGCCUCAAAGCUCAGAUCGAACUUCGUGCUUUGAGAAUCUUGAAUUUUCAACGUCAGCUCCGAAGCGAGAUCAUAUCUUGUGCUCGCAGAGAUUCAACCCUGGAAACAGCCGUCAAUAUGAAAGCCUACAAGCGAGUCAAAACCCAAGGAUUAAAAGAAUCUCGCGCGACAGAAAAGUUGGAAAAGCAGCAGAAACUGGAAGCAGAGAGGAAACGGAGACAAAAACAUCAAGAAUAUUUGGCAGCCAUCAUUCAGCACGGUAAAGACUUUAAAGAAUACCAUCGGAAUAAUCAAGCGAGGAUCGUCCGGUUGAAUAAAGCCAUGCUUAGUUACCAUGUGAAUGCGGAGCGGGAGCAGAAGAAAGAACAGGAGAGGAUCGAAAAGGAACGAAUGAGACGCCUAAUGGCAGAAGAUGAAGAGGGUUACAGGAAACUCAUCGAUCAAAAGAAAGACAAGAGACUGGCAUUCUUACUGUCUCAAACUGACGAAUACAUCACAAACUUGACAGAAAUGGUCAAACAACACAAAGUUGAACAAAAACGUAAACUUGCAGAGAAAGCGAAAGAAGACAAGAGGAAAAAGAAAGAAACUGAGGAUGCGGAGCGGAGAGCUUGUGUAAUGGAAAUGGAAAGUGGGAAAAAAUUGAAGGGAGAAGAAGCUCCCUUGAUGGUGGACCUAGGCACUUGGCUGGAAGCUCAUCCUGGUUGGGAAGCAUGUGAGGACUCAGAGGCAGAGACUGAAGAAGAGUCUGAUUCUGAUUCCGAUCAAAAUAUCGAAGAAAAAAUUGAAGAAGUCAAAGAAGAGAAGAAACCAAAAGAAGAACUUGAUCCGAAAGAAGUUGUUGAAAAAGCGAAAAGUGAAGACGAUGAAUACAAAAAUACCUCCGAAGAACUUACCUACUACAGUAUUGCUCACACAAUCAAUGAAAUUGUGACAGAACAAGCCUCUAUCAUGGUAAAUGGUAAAUUAAAAGAAUAUCAAAUCAAGGGACUUGAGUGGCUAGUCUCUCUGUACAAUAAUAAUCUCAAUGGCAUCCUGGCCGAUGAAAUGGGUCUUGGAAAAACCAUCCAAACAAUCGCAUUGAUCACAUACUUGAUGGAGAUGAAAAAAGUAAACGGUCCAUAUUUAAUCAUCGUACCUCUUUCCACCCUUUCAAAUUGGGUGUUGGAGUUUGAAAAAUGGGCCCCAUCUGUAAAUGUUGUUGCGUACAAAGGCUCACCAGCUGUCAGACGUGCACUUCAAGCACAAAUGAGAUCAUCUAAAUUCAAUGUGCUACUCACAACGUAUGAAUACGUUAUCAAGGAUAAAGCUGUUCUAGCCAAGUUGCACUGGAAGUACAUGAUCAUCGAUGAAGGGCAUCGAAUGAAGAAUCACCAUUGCAAAUUGACACAAGUGCUAAAUUCACAUUAUGUUGUUCCGCAAAGGCUCCUUUUGACUGGAACUCCGUUGCAAAAUAAGUUGCCCGAACUGUGGGCUCUCCUCAAUUUUCUUCUUCCGUCUAUUUUCAAAUCCUGCUCAACAUUUGAACAGUGGUUCAAUGCUCCUUUUGCCACAACUGGUGAAAAAGUGGAAUUAAAUGAGGAAGAAACUAUUUUGAUCAUUCGCCGUCUACAUAAAGUUUUACGUCCAUUUUUGCUGCGACGUUUGAAGAAAGAAGUCGAGUCUCAACUUCCAGACAAAAUCGAAUAUAUCGUAAAAUGUGAUAUGUCAGGGCUCCAGAGAGUCUUGUAUAGGCACAUGCAAAGUAAAGGGGUCCUUCUAACUGAUGGCUCUGAAAAAGGUAACAAGGGCAAAGGUGGAGCCAAAGCACUGAUGAAUACAAUUGUCCAACUUCGCAAGUUGUGCAAUCAUCCAUUCCUGUUUCAACAUAUCGAAGAGAAGUUCUGCGAUCAUAUCGGCUGUUCGUCAAAUGGUGUUGUAAGUGGACCUGACCUUUAUCGAGUCUCUGGUAAGUUUGAACUAUUGGAUCGAAUUUUGCCAAAGUUGAAGGCCACCAAUCAUCGAGUACUUCUAUUUUGUCAAAUGACCCAGCUCAUGAGCAUAAUGGAGGAUUAUUUCAACUGGCGAGGAUUCUCGUACCUUCGUCUUGAUGGAACAACCAAAGCGGAAGAUCGAGGGGAUUUAUUGAAAAAAUUUAACAGCGCCACCAGUGAAUAUUUCAUAUUCUUACUGAGCACACGAGCUGGUGGACUUGGCUUAAAUCUUCAAGCUGCAGACACUGUAGUUAUUUUCGACUCUGAUUGGAAUCCCCAUCAGGAUUUACAAGCGCAAGAUCGAGCACAUCGAAUUGGUCAAAAGAACGAGGUACGAGUAUUGAGGUUAAUGACGGUCAAUUCCGUUGAAGAACGAAUCUUAGCAGCAGCUCGAUACAAAUUGAACAUGGAUGAAAAAGUCAUCCAGGCAGGCAUGUUCGAUCAGAAGUCUACUGGAACUGAGAGGCAGCAGUUUUUGCAUAGUAUUUUGCAUCAAGAUGAUGCAGAAGAUGAGGAAGAGAAUGAGGUUCCGGAUGAUGAAACUGUAAAUCAGAUGAUUGCUCGCAGUGAAGCUGAAUUUGACACUUUUCAAAAAAUGGAUGCUGAAAGACGCAAAGAAGAGUCUAAGGGCAAAAAAUCCCGGCUUAUUGAGGAGAGUGAACUACCAGACUGGUUGGUUAAAGAUGACGCAGAGGUUGAAGCUUGGACGUACGAACAGGAAGAAGUGCAGAUGGGACGAGGCUCAAGGACAAGAAAGGAAAUUGACUACUCAGACAGCAUGACAGAAAAGGAAUGGUUAAAGGCCAUUGAUGAUGGUAUUGAUGACUUUGAUGAGAUUGAAGAUGAAGUGAAAGUGAAGAAAACUCGCAAACGGCGCAAAAAAGAAGAGGAGGAAGAGGAACCGGCCAAAAAACGAAGAAAUGGUACAGAGAAGAAUCCGCAAGAGAAAACACCACCUGCUAAUUCAGGAGCGGAUGCUCGAAUGAAGAAGCAAAUGCAUAAAUUGAUGACGAUUGUUGUAGAGUACACUGAACCUCAAGAUUCGCGUGUUCUCAGUGAACCAUUCAUGAAACUACCAUCUCGUCGUGAACUUCCUGAUUAUUAUGAAGUCAUCAAGAAACCCCUCGACAUCAAGAAAAUUCUCACAAAAAUUGAUGAAGGAAAGUACGAGGAACUGGAUGAUCUGGAGCGCGAUUUCAUGCAAUUAUGCAAGAAUGCGCAGUUGUAUAAUGAAGAAGCAUCACUCAUCUAUGAAGACUCAAUUGUACUGCAGUCUGUUUUUACGAACGCUCGUCAGCGUUUGGAAAGUGAAGAGGAAGAAGCUCCGGAGGAAGAAGAAAAAGCGGCACCUGCUGAAGAGGAAGCCUCAUCUGGAGCAGAAUCGUCCUCUGUGAAAAUGAAAUUAAAAUUGAAGGCAUCAACCAAAACGCCGAAAAAUUCCGAUGCCAAAACUGAUACAAAGUCUACCCCACGAUCAAGGAAAAGAACCUCGAAAAAAUACAUAAGUGACGAUGAGAAUGAAGAUGAUGCCGAAUCAAGUAAUGGCUAAGGUAUAAUUUACCUUAUUUUGUUAAUCGUAAUUUUUUUUAUCCUUCAUUCUUAUUAUCAUGUUUUAAUUUUUUAAUGUGCUUUUAUUUUUAACUUUUUUUUUUUUUUUUCAUUUUACGUCUACAGCCUCUCAAUGUCAAGUGACUGUAAUAUUUUUAGCUUCAGUAUUUUCUUUUUAUACUUUUGUAUUUUUAUCAGGGGUAAGUAAGGAAAAGAGGAUUUAAAUUUUCAUUCCUUAAAAUUGGGUGCUCAGGCUAGUAUUAUGAAGGUUCUAAAGCACCACUAAUUGAUAAUUAGAAUCUUACAUCACUAGUACCUAGAUGCUUUGUGAGUAUUUUUGACCCAUUGCUUUUUCUCCAGAUUGAAGUUAAAUUAGAUAAUAGAAAUGGCACUAAUGAGUUUUGAAAAUUAGCAACUCGUAUCUCGUCAGAUCCUUGUGUUUUUCAAAAUUUUAAAGUAUCUCAUGGUAGCUCUAUAAAGAAAUGUGAAGUGAUAUUUUUCUUGUCGUGUAUUGUUACCACUAUUUUACUUAGAAUAUAUAUGAUCAUUUGGCAAGUUUUAGCAAUCAAGCUUCAGUUUCUUUGUACUUAUAUUUUGGCAUCGACUACUCUCAAGAUCAUGUCAACAACAAGUUGGUGAGAAGAGUCAGAAAGCCACCUGAAAUUUUGACUGUACGAAAAUUAACAUUUAUUAUCCAUGUCAUCCAUUUGCUGUUAUACCUAUGUAACUACCACCUACAUGUUCUAUAGGAGCCAGAUCUGCUCAUUUGUUAAUUAGUAGCUUAGGUUGGAAUUAAAAACCUAAUUAAAAUUCUAUGAAUAUAUCGGCUAAAAUAUCUGAUGAAGGUCGAAUUGAUUGCUAUAACCAAGGUCAGAGCAGACGCUAGCUCUCACACAGGCAAAAAUACUUGUGAAAAAAGCAAAAUACUCUAAACAAGUAGUUGAAAAAUUGUAACUUGUAGUUUUGUAAUGAUUUUUUUCGGGUAGUUGUAGGAUUCUACGAGGGGACAAUGUUUUUAAAAGCGUUUCUGUGUUCGUCAGUAAUUCAUGCGCACAUCGGAACCAUUAUUUAACAUUACAUUUUAAGUUGCUGCCCCAAGUUUCACAAUGUAGUUUUUGUGUCCUAUAUUAUCGGAGGCCCUGAAGGAAGUAGUCUGUUAUUUAACUUAAUUUGGAAAUGCACUAAGUAGUAUUGUCAAGCAUUUAGUUUGAAGUAUUUUGAAGUUUUUGUGGCCCAUCCUAGGUCCAGGUGCUAUAAUUUGUCCGAGUGCAAUCAAAAGUCUGAUGUAAUCAAUACAAGUCAUUAAUUUUAAGCUGUCUCUUAACAUCCAAUGUCUUUUUUGUUAUAUCAUCUUUGAACUAACUUCAUGUUUUAUGAAUAAUAUUAUCUUCUCUGAACAAUUCUCAUCUUACUGGGAAAAUCUCUAAUUUUUAACCUGAACUAUUUUAAUUUAUUGUUUUAUUUUUAUCUUGAACGUAAAAGUGUCCAGAAGUUCCAAGGGAAGUGAAACGAAGGUAUGCGCUUCCGAAAUUGACCACCCAAGAUGGACAGAAUGCCCUAUCGCUUUGUUUUUUUUUUCAUUCCUAGCAAGAAGUUUAAAACAGGGCUCCAUGUCUGCAAUAUUCGAUUCUUACUGGUCCAUUUUUUCCUCGGGCAUCAAGAGACAGGUUUCCAAUUCUGCAACAUUUGUUCCUUAUUGGCCCACUCUUCCCCAUGAAACAAUUUUCCCGCCAAAAGAUUGGAAUGGAACCAAAGCAACUAAGCAUUUUGUUGACUUUGGGUGCCUGAAUAGAGGAAGAGCAUACCUCCGUUUCACUUACCUUGCAGGAGAUCAGCCCUUGGUUGGUUGUAGAGCUACAUUGGCAUGAAUGAAUGAUUUACUUCUUUCAUUUUUAACGUCACAUUCCAAAGGAAAGUUUUCAGUUAUUGUAAUCUGUUUUUGUUGAGAAUUAGUCCUACUAAAAGUUGAGCUUCAUGUGCACGCAUUUUUUUUAAAUUUUUAUUUUAGUUUGUAUCUAAAGUUCCUAAUGUAACUGAUGGUAAAUUUUAUCUUUUCUCUUCCAAAUUUGAUCUUCUGACAGACUGAUCUUUUCUUUUUAAGUAUGUUAUCAGUCUGUGAUAAAAUGCUGUAAUGUACUUUUUAAUGGCUACUCAUUUUUGGAAGUAAUGAUUGUAUCUGUUUCUUUUUUUUAAAUUGAAAUAUGCAGGUAAAUUUUGCAAUAGAUUCCUUGUAAAGCACUGUAAGUUGUUUUGAGUGCUAUCGAAAUUAUUAAAAAAUCAUGGAUCUACUCUGGCAAAAAUUUUACUCCGAUUGUUGUGUCAUCAUAUGCUGCAAAUUUAGCUACAUUUUUUUCUGAAAUCCACGAUGCUAGUUUUGGGGUGCAAUUUUUUACUGAGGCUCUUUUAACUAAUUACACUUCAUAACUGUUUGAAAAUGAUAUGAGAUAUGUUAAAAUUUUAAGAAAAUUCAUUCAAUUGGAUUAGGUAUGAUUCUCAGAAAGCAUGUAAUAUUCAGAUGCCAAAUUCAAUCAGUCGCAAAACCUUAAGGUUACACUGCCAUUGAAUAGUUACUUAUCUUUAAUCUCUUAUAGUUCCUAUUUUCUAAUCAUCGAUGCAAGCUGAUCAAAGGUAAAUUAAUUGUAAUUUUUGCAAUGACUUUUCAUGUGACUAUUCGUUAAAAAUCCAAUGUGAAAGUAAGUCAAGGUGCCCUAUCAGUUUUAGGUAAACUAUCGAAACAGUUCUCUUAAAAAGUAUUCGUAACAAUAAGAAAACCCUUACCAAAAGCAAUCAAAGUUUACAGAAGCGGCGAAAAUGAGCUAUUGUCAUGAAUGUCAGUUUUACGGGUCCUGCAACCCAAGGUACUGAGACAUACGAGGCCAUAAUGGCUUGACUCGCGCAGUUCUGAUGAAACUGCCCAUUUCUAGCAAAAUCAGCCAUAUUGAAAUGUAUUAUCAUUUUGAAACAAGUUGCACCGAUAGUUUACUGACAUGGAUUCGUUUGAUCAUCCUUCUGUGAAAGAAUCAAAUAAGAAAAUAGUAUUGUUUGCCAAUCUUUUUUUGUGCAGUUGCAUAGUUGCCUCAGUACAUAGUGUAUGUGUAUUCAAAGUACUCAACCUUGAUCAUCUCUAUAUUAUCAUGCAUUAGAUUUUCAGUAAGGUGCCAAUGUACACCAGAGGAAAUAUCUGUAUGUUAUUUACAUCUAUGAGCAAUGAAUCUUUAUUUAACUUAUGUACUUGUUGAAUUAGGACCGUAUGGAUAAAGUUUAGUUUUUCUCUUUAUUCAUUAUCUCUUAUGUAUGCAAAAUUGGAGCUUUUGUCAGGAUUUUUAGUAGAAUCUGAUACAAUUUAAAAGUAAUAGUUUAAAUUUGAACAAGAUUUUUUGGUCUUCGGCCACUCUUAAUGAUGAAAACAAUAUUUGAGCUAUUAGCCGAUUUUUCAUAUAUGAGCAAUGAUUGCGACUCAGGCCAUGCUUUAAUAAAGUAAAACAAUGCACAUUGCACAUUGUUUUAUUUUAUUAAAGCAUUGCCUGAGUAGCAAUCUUUGCUUAUAUUUGAAAGAUCGGCUAAUAGCUCAUAUUUUGUUUAAAUUUGAAAAGACCAAAAUCUACACCUAGGAGAUAUGUGAGACGUUUAAGGACUUCUUUCAAAUCUGGCAGAGAGACAAGGAUUCACCCAUUUAAUAAUUUCUGCCACAUUACUUCCUCCAUUUUUUUAAAACUAAAUCAAAUUGGUAAAAAAAAAAAAAAAAAACAUAUCCGACACAUUCUAAGCUUAUGGGGAAGUCCAAGAUUUUGAGAAUCGGUUGACGGGUUUACAAUGAGACUCAAUUCAACCAGGACUAUGUAUCAUUGCAACAGGCCCACGUUACGCAGCUGGUUCUGUUGGAGGUCGGCCGAUAGCGACUUAAGGUUGUCACAGUAGAAUUUCGUUUCCUUGCACACCUGUCACCUGAUUUUAAAAAAUUAGGGCUUUUUUUCAAGCUGAAAAUAAGUCUGAUGUACACACCUUUCCAGAUUUGAUUUAUAUCCCUCUCUUUGAAAGAUCUGAAGUAGCGGAACCUACUUUUUGGAUGAUCCUUGUGUUAUGAUGAAUAUUUUACUCCAUCCCCUUUUGCACCCAAAAUCAAAGCAGCAAAAUAUUUUUUUCCAUUAGCCUCCCAGUCUGUAGGUCAAAAUUUCUUUAUUUGUCUUCAAAGAAAGCUCAAAUGGACUGAGUUAAGCAAAACAGUCAAUUCUACAUGGUGGUGUUUCAAAAUAUUAUCUACUGUUUUGAUUUUUUGGAAGUAACCAACCAACAUUUUCGCUCCAAAUUUCGCAGAAAUAGCCUCCAGUAGAGUGAGAAAAACUGUACGAAUUCUCGGGUAGAUAUAUUUGAUGGUUUCCUUCCAAAAAAUGAAAAUAGGAUAUGAGAUACAGCAACAUAGGUGUGACUGUUUUGCCCAUCUCUGUCCUAACAUUAUUGACUUAGAUUUUUAAAGUACUAACUGCCACCUUGUUUUUUCUAAAAUUUCCUGCCCAUACACUUCGUUUUCAACACCUUUACAUCAAUCGUCCACCACAUGUCAUGCCAUGCAUUGUUAAAUGGCUGUGUAACUGAGUAGUGUCAUAUGAACACACAGUCACCUGUUUUGCAGUUUUGUUGGGACGCUAAAUUUUCUCAAAUCAAUGUAUUUUUGUAAUAAGAUUACAAACCGCAUCACAGACAAACAAAACGUAUUCAUCCAUAGCAAAAGCUCCAACCAAAUCCUCUUUUACCCCUCAAAUAUUUGUCUAUCAUGCCCUAGUCCCUAACUCCUGUAAAAUUAUUUCAGAAUACAUUCGUCUCAUUUUAGUAUGUGUACCGGUAAAUGUCUGUAAUUUGUGAUCAUACAUAGUUUCAUGUAUCUACACUCUUUCAUUUCUUCAGGUUCUUCAUGUUUACAUUUGUAACAGUUGUAUAAUGCAAAUGCAGCAGAAUCUGUAAACGAGUCAUUAUUAAAUUAUCAUUACCUUAUUGAUAAAUAAAAUUUUUUGACGCAGUCA